UAUCUUUUGGCCUAAGAAAACAACCGACCUGCAUGUUACCUCUGACACACAACCACACGGAAACAGCGCGGAACACAGCUCAGGUCGGUCUGACCCAGCAGUUAAACAGGCGGCACACAGUACACGAGAGCAAAGUGCCCGAUGUCCUUGCACGUUGAACACCUUCAGUCUGAACACAUGAAGAUGGAUCACGCGGUGGCUGAUUUACCCAGCGGCCCGCUGGAUAUCUACAGGAAACAAGCCUCGUUCAGCUGGAAAGACAUGCUCUGCUUCUUAGAGGGAGAGGAAAUCCUGGCGUUCAAGCAACAUGUGUUUAAGACACUGGAGGACGACCCUCUGUUUGCACGUCGGCCUGGUGAAGACGUCCCCAUCGAGAAAAUGAGAGAGCUCACCUUCCUCAGGGUGAAACAGCUUUUCCGCUAUGACUUCAUGACACAAGAGGAGGCGAUGGCCAACCCCUGGAAGGGUGUGGCCCUUAAUGAUUCUCUGGGCAUGUAUGAUUGGGCGCUGUCGGCCAAGUACUUCCUCAACAAAGGGAUGUUUGGAGCGACUAUCGCAAGGACAGGAUCAAAGAGACACAGCAAAUUUGUUCAAUACACUGAAGACAUGACGACGUACGGAUGCUUUGCACUGACUGAGCUGAGCCACGGCAGCAACACCAGAGCCAUGAGGACCACAGCGACAUACGACCCCUCCAGCCAGGAGUUUGUGAUCAACUCUCCGGACUUUGAGGCUGCUAAGUUCUGGGUGGGGAACUUGGGGAAGACUGCCACCCACGCCAUGGUUUUCGCUCAGCUCUACACGCCUGACGGGGAGUGUCACGGCCUGCACUCCUUCAUCGUGCAGGUGAGAGAUCCAAAGACCCUGCUGGCGAUGCCUGGUGUGCUGGUCGGAGACAUGGGCAAGAAGCUGGGCCAGAACGGACUGGAUAACGGGUUUGCUUUGUUUCAUAAUGUGCGGAUCCCUCGGGAGAAUCUGCUGAAUAAAACUGGAGAUGUUACUCCUGAUGGACGCUACGUCACACCUUUCAAGGACCCCAACAAGCGGUUCGGGGAGUCUCUGGGCGCCCUGUCAGGAGGCAGAUUGUCCAUCACCAGAAUGGCUCAGGUCAACCUGAAGCUGGCUCUGGUUAUUGCCAUCCGCUUCUCAGCCGCCAGGAGACAGUUUGGACCCAAAGACACAGAGGAGAUUCCUGUAUUGGAGUACCAGCUACAGCAAUGGCGUCUGAUCCCGUACCUGGCGGCAGCGUGCCUCGAACACUUCAGCAAAACCAUCUUCAUGAACUUCGUCGAGCUCCAGGUCGGACAGAUGAUGAGGGACAAGAGUGAAAGACAAGCAGAGAUGGGCAGGGAGAUGCACGCCAUCAGCUGCUCUAGUAAACCACUGGGCUCGUGGACCGCUCAGAGGGGGAUCCAGGAGUGCAGGGAGGCCUGCGGGGGACAUGGAUACCUGGCCAUGAACCGGCUGGGUGAUCUGCGUAAUGACAACGACCCAAACUGCACAUACGAAGGAGACAACAACGUCUUACUGCAGCAGACCAGCAACUACCUGCUGAGCAGGCUCCAUGCCAAACGCCGUGAUGGUGUGCGGAUUGAGUCUCCCCUUCACACCGUGGAUUUCCUGGAUGAUUCCCGAAAGAUCCUAGAAAGCAAGUUUACAGCAACAACAGUGGAGGAGUGUAUGGACGCUGCAGUUCCUCUGGCUGCCUACAAGUGGCUGGUGUGUUUCCUGGCUGAAGAGAGCCAGAAGAGGCUGGAGCAACAGAGGGCCACUGGAAAAGAUGACUUUGAGGUCCGAAAUAACAGCCAGGUGUACUUCUGUCGGUCCCUGGCCAUCGCCUACAUCGAGCACAGCUGUCUCCAGAGGUUCCAUGAGCUGGUUACAGAUGAGGACACACCAGUUGGUCUCAGAGCUGUCCUCAGCAGGCUGUGUGCUCUGUACGGACUGUGGAGCCUCAGCAACCACACAGCUACACUCUACCAGGGUGGUUACUUGAGUGGAGGGAAACCCACAGAGCUGAUGCAGAUGGCCAUUCUGACUCUCUGCUCUCAGCUCAAAGAUGAUGCAGUAGCAUUGGUGGAUGUUAUGGCACCUCCUGACUUCAUUCUCAAUUCACCCAUUGGCAACGCGGAUGGACAGCUUUACAAGAACCUGUGGUCGACAGUGAUGCAGGGCAACCAGGUGCUGGAGCGGCCGUCCUGGUGGAAAGAGUUCUGCUCAGACAAGCCUGUGGUCGGAUGCCUCCGUCCAAAACUCUAAAACUUACUAUCAGGUACAACCCUGGACAUGUGUCUGAAGUGUCCACUAUUGACGUGUAAUGCUAAGUGCAAUUUUAAAUGGAAUGUCCAUAUGUACACAACUUCUUGCCAAAACCGCACACCUGUCAGUUAAGGCACAGCUUAGUUAUUCUAAUGGCCAACACUUUUUAUACAUAGUAACUUUUCAAAUGUUUAUUAUAAACCCCUAAAUUCCUGUACACUCUGAAUGGACUGAACAACUAUUGAGCCCUAGCCCAAUGCUGAACAAAUUAGAGACGCCUUCAUCUCUAUAUGUAGAUACAGGUAUCUGCAUAUGAAUGCAGAAUCUUUAGGCAAAGGUACAAGAUUUUGGGUAUAGGAGUACUCCAGGUUUCUGUUUUCAGUCAGAGGCGUACUGACCAAUCACAUUUAUUUAGAAUCCAUGCAGGUAAACAGUCUCUGCGGAGAGCUGAACAGGUGGAAGGCAAUGGCCGAAAUGCGUUCUCAGAACCCAACGGCUGUCGUCCAACAAUAAUUCAGCUUUUCAUCAGCUUUUUAAGAAUUCAUUUAUACGCAGAUGACACCUGGUUGUAUUCCUGUGUCUCAAGUGCUUAGUGGACUCAAAACAGUGAAAGGUACAUGGAAGAGGAAGUCUUGGCCCCAAUAUCCACGGAACCCCCAAAAUAUUAGCUGUCGCCACCAGAGGCUAAAUCAUACCAGUGGCUAAUGGGUUCCAAAAAUGGAAAGACCUCAACGCUUAACACUUAUGGACACUCUUAUGAAAAUGCUGAGAAACCUUAGACCUGCUCACCAGCACAUUUUAAAAUCCUAAAAUCCUGCUGAUACUUUUAAAUGCUUUGACCACAUUCGAAAGGAUUCCAAAUGGAACCUGUCAAAGCUGUCCAACUGAAGUUAAAUUGCAGUUUUUUUCUGCAACAACAUACUUUUAUAUUUUGUGAAUUUUUAAGUAAUGCUCUGUCACUGGCCUAUCAGUAGCUGAGAUUGACGCUAACAGCCAGAGAGCAGCUAUGACUCAAAACACACAAAAUAAAAACACUUCAGGCAAACACUCACAUCAACCAGUUGUCUUUAACAAACCACUAAAUAAAGAUCCAGUUUGAAAGUGCACAGCCAACACUUAGCAUCUUGAGCUGACAAGCUAAUUAGCUAAUAGAACGAAAACAUACUUUCAAAUAUCUUCAUCGUUCCAUUUAGAAACUCAAUUAUAUGCUUUUAUUCUUCAACACCACUGCUAAUAAAACACUGCCCGGUCCUAGCUUGUAAGCUAAAGCUGCUAGCAUACAAGUGCAAAGAAAAUGUGUUUCAAGAUGGCGCCCCUUUUCUUCCUUUAAGUAAUAGGAUAAUAUUAUUGAUACAUUUUAAAAACAUUUGACAUAUUUUUUAUGUCCAUUGGACUUAAAAUAAUCUAUUCUUGCAUUUCAUCCCACUUCAUGAAUAUGAUUAAAUUUGAUUUGACACGACAUAUUUCACUUUACAUGUCCAAAAAUGACUGAGCCUUAUCGAAGCCUAUAUAAUGUUGUUGCCUAAACAAAUAAGAAGCCUCAUAACAUACAGGACAUCUGAGUGUGAUUUUUAGAUUAAUCUAAUGGAUGUGAAAUGUAUCAUAUAGGAUGUAAUAUUUUAAUGAAUGUAAAAAUUGUGUUAAUCUGUAGAUAAUGCACAGUUCCAUAUGACUCUGUAAAAACUGAUCACAGUUCUUAAAAUAAAGUGUUUUGAUAUAAACCCAAUGCAAAAUAAAUAUAUUUACUAAUA